UUUGUCAUUUCAGUAAUACUCAGUCGGCAGCGUUAAACACAAAUCAUUAUUACCAAGACAUGGAUGAUAUUAUAUUUAGUCACAAAUUAUCAAUGUGGCCGGGCCAGACGCACUCUUUGUCAAGCCAAAAAGUGAAGCGCCGAAGGAGGCGAGUGGCGAAAGUCGCAGCAACGGAUGUAAAAGUAACUUAUAACGAGCCAAAGUGAAUGCAUAAAGUGGGCAGAAUCCGAAACUGGGCUCUGUUCUGUGCUUCCUUCCUCCAUGUCAACAGUCAACACUUAGCCUCCUGUUUGCUUGUUUUUCCUAUUUUUAUUUCUUGAAUUGGGUAAAUUUUAGGCAAGUGAUUGUGUUUAACAGCUGCAAGUAUGUUGUUUCCUUUGUGGGGUUUCACUUAGUAAUCAACAUUUUCAUUUUGGAAGUGUUAACUAAGUGUAAGCCUUUUAAAGUUAGUGCUCUUUAGGGGUGUUUUUUUUUUUUCUUUGUGGGAUUGAAAAUGGGCUCUUCAGGGAGAGAUGUGGAGCAUGAGGAACAGCUUAAGGAGGUCGGGAAUGUGCUGCUGAGUCCUCCAUCUGCCAUUGAUGAACUUACCGCUCUUCUUGAUAAAGCUGAGCACUUGCUUGCAAAUGUGGAACAAGCACCUCCAAGGUCAAUGCAAGAUGCACUUCUACCGUCAAUGGAGGCAUUAAUUGCUGAUGAGCUACUGAGGCACUCAGACACAGAUGUGAGGCUAUCAGUUGCAUCUUGCAUUAAUGAAAUCACCUGAAUAGCAGCCCCAGAGGCUCCCUAUGAUGAUGACAUUAUGAAGGAAAUUUUUGAGCUGUCUGUUGCAGCUUUUGAGAAAUUAUCACAUGUCUCUGGUCAUUGUUAUACAAAGGCAGUUUCCAUUCUUGACACUGUUGCGAAUGUAAGUUCAUGCUUGGUGAUGUUGGACCUUGAGUGUGAUACAUUGAUUAUUGAGAUGUUUCAACAUUUCCUAAAAUUCAUUAGGUAAGUUCAUUGUCCAUAUUGUUUAUUGUAUUUCUCUAUCUCUUCAAACUGACGUUAAAACUCAUACCAAUUUCUAUAAACUCCUCAAAGAUAAUUCCCUGUUUGAUGUAAAGGUCAAACUGAUGUUAUAUCCCAUGGCUUGAAUAUUUAAUAUGAAUAUUCCAUACAGCUAGACAAAGUUGUUCAACUUAUGGGAUCAUAACAUUCAGUUUCAGUCUUGAACUUAUGGAACUAUAAUAGCUGGAACAAAAUCCAUGUUUAGAACCUAGUCAAUUUGUGUGCAUGGAGUUAUAAUAUAAAAUUCACCAUAUUGAUGAUAGUAUGCCCAAAAGUCAACUGAGCUUUCAUAUUUAUGGAGCAUUGGGCUCGACAAGGCAAGACCAAGGUGAAUUAUGUAUGAUCCAUACACUUUUGGACUAUGAUUUAGUUAUACAGUUAUACUCAGGCGAACUAAAGUCAUGUGCUUGUUGAUGUAUUCACAUAAAUGCAACAUUGGCUCUUUACCGUUUUGUAUUGGUGAAUAGGAUGGUAGUUGUCAGCUCUUAGACUUUUAUGGUAGAGAGAUAUUUUGGCACCAUUUAAUUAAUUUUCUAAGUCUCUCAAAAUAUUUUAUUAUUGUAGUAAGCUGAGGUAGUCUUUGCUUCUCAUUUUACUUAUGUAGUAGUCGAGAACUUGAUGUCCUAUUUCAUUUCUUAGCACCACAACUAUCAAUUACAUCUUCCGUUAGUGAUUAAUUACUAAUGGUGUUUUCCUGCUAAUUCUAAGGUCCAACCAUUGACAUGCUGUAUUUUCAUCUAUGGAAACAAUUAUGACCCUGGUCAUAGAUGAAAGUGAAGAUAUUUCCUGGGAUCUUCUCAGUGUUCUCUUAGCUAGUGUCCGAAAGGAGAAUCAAGAUGUUUCUACUGUUUCUGGGAAGCUAGGAAAGAAGUUUAUCACUAGUUGUGCUGUUAAGCUUAAAUCCAGUUUCAUGGAUGCAGUGCAGUCUAGAGGCAUUGCUUUGGAUGAGUAUGCUGAGAUAGUUUCCCAUAUUUGCAAAAAUGAAUAUAAAACUCUCCAGGGUCUUGAUUGUAAUGGGAAAUACUUGACGACUAACAGAUUAGAUUCUGUUUCUCAUGGAGAAGUUUGCCACAGUGUGGAUAAUAUUUUCAAGACGAUGAAGUGUAAUGGAACUUCUCCAUCUAGGAAUGAUGAAUCCAUAGAUAAUAGGACCUCAAAAGUAUCUGAGCAGUGUACUUAUGCUGACCAUUCCAGAAGUAUUGAUGUGAAAGGCAUUGCUGAACCUGAUAAUUUAGACUCUGUGAGGAAUGUCAAGUCAGAUACCAAGCCAGAGAGUGCUUGGAAGAAAAGGGGUAGAUAACCUAAUUCCUUGAUGAAUCCAGAGGAAGGCUAUGACCACUCUUGGAUUUGUACUGGAAGAAAAAAUUCUGAAUUACCUGGUCGCAAAAGAUCUCAUGAUGAGGAAUUUCAUUAUUCACCAUCUGUAGAUCCAGAUUCCAAGAAGAUAGCUUUUCUGCCAGCAGAAAAGAAUGUGGGUGAACCUGCUUCUUCCCCAACCGCAAAAAGCCACAUUAAUGAGGAAAGUCAUCCUCGAAGGGGUUGGCCAAAAAAAAAAAAACGGAGCAUGGAGGAUCAAAAUGGUGAUCUCAAUUCCCUCUCAGUGAGAUUGAUCAAAUCUGCAAAUUCUAUGUUGAAAAAGGAGCCUGAAAACAGACAUGACAAAGACAUAAAACGACAUAAGUGCUCAUUAGAAGGUGAACUUGCUGCAAGGGCUAGUGAAGAGACUGCUGCAGCUCCUCAAUGUGGAGUUUUGGAGAAUGAAAUUGAUGUCCCAAGUGGUCUCAAGGGAAAACCACAAAACCUGCCAGCUAUUAAGGCAAGGGGAAAGGGUAUCAAUGAGGACAAGCCAUCAGUCCAGACAGAUGUCAAGAAAGGGAGUUUGGUUGUCACUACUUCAGCUAAUGGUAUUAUUGAUGCAUCUAAUACUAAGGAGGGAGAACUUCUAAAGUUGUGGGUAAAUCAUCAAAUAGAGAUGGAAAUAACUCAGAGAAAACUCCUAUCACAGAAAUCAAGAAGAAAUACACUUCCUGGAAGAAAGCAGUAAUAAACUUAUUUGUGGGGUCUAUGACUUGUCUAUCUUCUUUUGGUUUCUUUAUAAAUGUCGGCUGAUAUAAGCUCUAAUGUUUUUAACCUGCUUGUCAACCAUAUAGAAGAGGAAUACUGCAUCUAAAUCAUCAAAUAGAGAUAGAAAUCACUCAGAGGAAACUCCUAAAACCAAAGUCAAGAGGAAGUGUACUGCUGGGGAGGAAUUGGUAUGAAUUCAUAUUGUUUGUCUGCUCUGGAGCUGGUAAUUUUGACAUGACAUCAUUUUCUGGAAAGAUAUUGACAUCAUUUAUUCUUAUCUUAGAAGUGGCCAGUAAAGAAUUAUUUUGACAUCUUUUGCUAUAGUGCUAUAUAACAUUCAUUAGCUAAAUUAUUCAACCUUUGUUAUUAUUCACAAACUGCAGAAGAGUAGCAUUGAUAUCUCCAUCCCUUAGACGUCACUUAUAAAAAAAAAAAAACUCAGAAUUAGUUAAUAAAAUAUCAAAUAGAGCAAAUAAGUACUGUCUACAUUCAUCUAGAAACGCUUUUGUUUUUUUCUUUUCUCCUUUGUUUCCUUGAUCCCAGUGGAACAGUGUUUUGUUGUAGCUUAUUUGUACGCUGAAGCUCAGGAUUUUCUCAUCAGAUGUUUAGGAAGCUGAACCACUUGCUUGUUUUGAACAUAUGGUCCCCUUAGUUAAUUAUACUGGCUUAUUCUGUGGAUUGCCUUAACUACUCCGCAAAUCAUCUUCUUUGAUCUAAUAGUAUUUUAUUUGCUUUACCCUUCUGUAUCUCUUCAUCUCUUCUUAAUCUUAAUGUCAUGUUUCUGCAUCUUUAUGUUUGUUUAUUGUUCCAAUUCAGGCUUCUGAAAUGCGUGGCACAGUGAGCAAUUGGUUGGUAAGAGAGUAAAGGUUUGAUGGCCAAUGGACAAGACGUGAGUACUUCAGUGCACCUUGCUUCAUAAUUUGCUGAGUAAUAUUCUUUUUAAAUAAAAAUUCUUUGUCUUCUAUUUAUUUAUUUAUUUAUUUUUGGUCUUGGCAAGUUGAUUGCUUUCAUUGGCUUCUGCAAUUCCAAGUCUCAUUCUCUAAAGCAUUAGAAUUAUCCUUCACCUCCUAACGGUCAAUUUGGAGAUUGAGAUUAAUCAAGUAAGCCUGCAUAUGUCCUAUAGUUGUGUUACGAUCCAGAACAAUCAUGCCUCCAUUUCAUUACAGGACUAAGCGUGAUCUCUUUACAAAUUCAUUUAGGUUCUAACACAUAAUGCUUGUCUAAGAAGGAACUAGUAGCUGGAGAUUGUUAGACUAACACUUAAGGCUUGGUAACUGCCUAGCAAUAGUAUUGCAUGUGAUGUAGCUACAUCAACUCACUGAAUGAGUGGGCAAAGUCUUGCAUACUAUAUGCAAGGCUUCUGACAUGGAGGAAACUUGACUAAAAAAUGCAUGGUCUUCAUCUGGUGAUGGAUUGGGGCAAAGCUUUUGUAAUGUCACUUAUUGUUUCUCGGUGCUUUGUAUGUUUGGCAAACAUUGUGUUCCCAAGGUCUCCAGAGCUACCCAAAGUUCACGAAUAUUCAUUUGUUAAGGAUACAAUGAUGUUGUAUAUUUGUGACUAUGGAAUUUUGAGCCCUUUGCCCCGUAGCUGUAUUUAUCUUUCACCAUGGAUAUUUGUCAGACACAAGUUGAAACUUUGU